AUGAUCACUGAAAGCCAAAGUCACUUCCAAAGGAGCGAUAGAGUGAAAAGAUGUAUUGAAGCGUCACCGUCGGCACCCCGAACUCUGAAGAGCACGAAGGAUGAUACUAGUGAUACUAGUACUCAUCAUCGUCGUGGUCUGAAUUUCGCCAUCGCUGGUGAUAAAAAAGACUUGUCUUUAACUGAAAAGGAGGUUAGAAAAAGAAAAAUAUAAUUUUUGUCAUUAAUAAUUCUUCUGCGUGGGUACGACAGCAUUCCAUUUAUUUCGUUGUUUGUAUGGUGAUUCAUGAUUAUGACAACUCAAAUAUUUUCUCACACCUUCAGAAUGACUUACCGGAGCCACUGGAAAUCUCUCAAACCAUGAAUCUGCAAGAAAAUCCAGCUCAACCAAAGGUAAAUUUAUUUUUAAGCUUGUUUUCAUUCAUUCAUAGGCUUGUUGUUCGGUUACUUGUCAAAUAAUUUCAGAAUUACUGCGUAAGAUACUAACUUGCUCGACAAGGAUGCCGUUGUUAAUUUCACCUUCGUAUUUUCCUGCAGAUAAGAAGCCCUUUAGCUGACGAAGACAGAUAUGAAGACGUUCUGCAAAAAGUUCUUGUUACAGUAGAAAAUGAGUUGUUAGAGGUGGCGCGAAGAGUGACAAAGUCGGUUGUAAGGGAACGAGGAUUUCCCGGUAUGAGUACGCUAAACUUCGAGGAGAUUGUCAAAGAAGUAGAGACUCAAUGUCCAACAGUGUUCAAGUUGUUAUCGCAGAUGAUCCAACUCAGUCACAACUCCGAUAAAAAGACAGCUCCUUUGGCUCUUAUAUAUGGAAUCAUUAUGUUUAGGAGAUGCAAAGAGUUGAGCCGUGUUCAGCGAGUCAAUACAGUCCUUCUUAACGACGGCGGUGCAAGUCAAGAGGUGUGUAGACUACAGAAUUGAACUACUUAUAAUAAAGCUUAAAUAUUCAGGAGUCUUACAUGUAUUAAUAACGAAGGUUUAGAGAAUUUUACCCAUCAAUUGUACAUUGCAAUUAUUUCUGUGACUUUUGGAUAUUUUGCAAUUCAAUAUUUUUUUGGGAGGGUUUCUAUAGGACUUCAUUAUCAUUAUUGCUAUUAAUGGUUUUCCUAACAUUAUGCCAUGCAAAGAUCAUUUUAACCAGGUUUUCAGUAUUUGAGGUAUAUUUAAGGGUAAAUUUAAUAAUCUUAGAACAAUUUGUGUACAUUUGAGAGUAACGGUUUGCAGAGACAGACCAUGAAAAAUGGGUGUGGAAUUUCCUUGGUAAACAUGGCCAAAUUAAACAAUUUAGUCUCUUCAGUUACCAAUGCCUGAUUGUGUGCAGGGACUCAUGAUAGUUGUAUGCAUAUAACGCUCCAACUCUUGACAUCUUUAAGACUUUGCAUGCAAAAACCAUGAUUCCCUGCACGCCUCCCAGGGAAUGGUGAAAUAUUUAGAUCCUUUUCAGGUAAAACAGCAAAAUUAUGUUUCUAUUCUAUUUUAAGCUUGUAGAUAGUCUUAACAAGUAUGGAUUUUGCCUGGAGAUAUCCAUGAAAUAUUCUAUUCAAGAAGAAAUAGGGAAACAUUUCCUGGAUCAUGUCGCACAGCUUGUAAAGGAAGGCAGAUCAUUUGUAUUUGUUCUGGACAAUGUUGAUUGGGACGUCAAGGUGCAUGACAUGAGGUCUGACAAGCAAAGCCGAAGUGUCCAUGCUGUGGCCACCAGCAUAGUAUUUGAUCGUGUUUCUUCUAAGCACUUACCAGAUGCUGGCCCAAAAAACAGUCUGGCAAAUUGCAACCUCAAAGACACCUUAAGUCUCAAUGAUGAGGAAAAAAGAUGUACAAGGGAGCAGAACAAAGUGUUCAUUGGACGAAUCUUAGUUGAGUUCUUUCCAGCAUUUGAUUUUCUUAAGGACUUUGUCCCUGAUCAUACACCUUGUGAGUAUCACACGGAGAUGAGAACCAAAUGA